UUUUAUAUGUAUUUUGAAUCGAUUUUAAUAAUAAACUUGAUACUAAUUUGGAUAAUUUCGGCAAAAUGUAUAUAUUUAAGCUCGGAAUCCUCAUUCGCAUAUUCCAACCCUAGACCAUACCUUAGGAAAAUCAAAGUAACGAAUCGCAUUAGUAGAGAUGAGAAAAAAAGACGUUCCGAGUUUUCUAAACAGCUCCACAGGGAACUUCGUAUGAGAUACUGGCAAAGAUUGAGCCCGAGUGUCAACGAUGCUCUUGUUUUCAACAACCCUGGCUCUGAAAUCUAUGACAUUGAUCCUAAAAGUUCUUAGGGGAUUUAUUGUUCAGGAAGUCAUUCCCAGGAUGGUGGAGAUUACAGAAUCCCUCAAACCCUUAACUCUUAAGAAACAGUCAUCAGAGAACUUUGAUAGAAAUGCCGGCUUGAAAUUUUUAACUAACAUCGCAGGAGUCACUAGUGUGUUUAACAAAGAGUUUGAAACCAGGCCUGAAUUCAGACCACUUAACGAAAUGGGUCCUUCAGAGCUUUUACCUAGACUUGAAACUGAUAUCGCAUAUAUCUCGUCACUAUUAAGCGUUGAUCCGCCUCCCUUAUCCGUUCCUUGUCAAGAAUAUAUUGAAUUUCUGAUAUCUUUACCUGACACUAGUCCAUAUCGGUUUCUAUCUCAUUGUUAUGUUUUUUUCAAGGACUGGUCUGUUUCCAAGACUACUCUACUUACUAACUUCAGAGCUCACCUUCGACUUGUAAAUAAGAUGAAAUCUGCUUUUUACGACCCUGACUGCCAAAAUUUAGAGUACGUUUUGAAUAUGCUCGCUUCUGGUUGGACUCGUUCUCAGAAGGAUGAAUUCCUAAAUGAGAUGCCUGUGGCUUACAAGGCUUUAUCUGACUCACUUCUAGUUCCAUUUCUCUAACACCCUAAUGUAUUACUUUAUAAAGUGUACCAGUACGUUAACAGUACUACUUCUUAAGUAGGAAAUUAAGCG